GCGGCGCGCUCUGGCCUGCAACGGCUCCUGGCAGCUUGGCUCCUCCCGGGGCUCGACCGGCAGGCUCCCCUCAGCGCGAGGUACAAAUGAUGCAAAAUGUGCACUUGGCUCCAGACACAGAUGAAGAUGACCUCUAUUCUGGUUACAACGACUACAAUCCCACCUAUGAUACUGAGGACUUGGAGAAUGACACAGCUUUUCAGCAAGCCGUGAGAACCAGUCAUGGCAGAAGACCUCCAAUAACUGCUAAAAUUCCAAGCACUGCAGUUACUAGACCUAUAGCUACCGGAUAUGGGUCCAAGACCUCCCUGACGUCCUCCCUGGGCCGACCAAUCACAGCAGCUAUUCAGGAUGGAGUUACCAGACCCAUGACAGCAGUGAGAGCCGCUGGCUUUACCAAAGCAGCUUUGAGAGGCUCUGUGUUUGACCCUCUUGGUCAGUCCAGGGGCCCUGCUCCUCCUCUGGAAGCCAAAAAUGAAGACAGUCCAGAAGAAAAGAUUAGACAGUUAGAGAAGAAAGUCAAUGAGUUGGUGGAGGAAAGCUGUAUUGCCAACAGUUGUGGAGACUUAAAACUGGCCUUGGAAAAGGCGAAAGAUGCAGGAAGAAAAGAGAGAGUUCUAGUGAGACAACGAGAACAGGUGACGACUCCAGAAAACAUCAAUUUGGAUUUAACUUACUCAGUUCUUUUCAACUUGGCCAAUCAAUAUUCAGUUAAUGAAAUGUAUGCUGAAGCACUCAACACAUAUCAGGUUAUAGUGAAGAAUAAGAUGUUUAGCAAUGCAGGAAAAUUGAAGGUGAAUAUGGGAAAUAUUUAUUUAAAACAAAGAAAUUAUUCCAAGGCAAUUAAGUUCUACCGAAUGGCAUUAGAUCAGAUUCCAAGUGUUCAGAAAGAAAUGAGGAUUAAAAUAAUGCAGAACAUUGGAGUCACGUUUAUUAAAACGGGUCAAUAUUCAGACGCCAUUAGUUCGUUUGAGCACAUAAUGAGUACGUCGCCCAACCUGAAGGCCGGCUUCAACCUAAUCCUUAGCUAUUUUGCUAUUGGAGAUCAAGAAAAAAUGAAGAAGUCAUUCCAAAAACUGAUUGCUGUGCCGUUAGAAAUCGACGAAGAUGACAAGUACAUCUCACCAAGCGAUGAUCCUCAUACCAAUUUACUGAUUGAAGCUAUAAAAAAUGAUCAUCUCAGGCAGAUGGAGCGUGAAAGGAAAGCCAUGGCAGAAAAAUACAUCAUGACAGCUGCAAAGCUCAUUGCUCCUGUAAUUGAAACAUCUUUCGCUGUAGGUUAUGAUUGGUGUGUAGAGGUGGUGAAAGCUUCUCAGUAUGUAGAGCUAGCCAAUGACUUGGAAAUAAACAAAGCUAUUACAUACUUGAGACAAAAGGACUUUACCCAGGCUGUAGAUACCUUAAAAAUGUUUGAGAAGAAGGACAGUCGAGUGAAAAGUGCAGCUGCAACCAACCUCUCAUUCUUAUAUUACCUGGAAAAUGAAUUUGCACAAGCCAGCAGCUAUGCAGAUUUGGCUGUAAACUCUGAUAGAUACAAUCCAUCUGCUCUCACCAACAAAGGGAAUACUGUUUUUGCAAAUGGUGAUUAUGAAAAGGCAGCUGAGUUCUAUAAAGAGGCGCUAAGAAAUGACUCCUGUUGUACCGAAGCGCUUUACAAUAUCGGCCUUGCCUAUAAGAAGCUGAACCGGCUAAAUGAGGCUUUGGAUUGCUUUCUGAAGCUCCAUGCUAUCCUACGAAACAGUGCCCAAGUUCUUUACCAGAUUGCAAAUGUAUAUGAAUUAAUGGAAGAUCCCAACCAAGCUAUCGAAUGGCUGAUGCAGCUGAUCAGCGUUGUUCCAACUGAUUCUAGAGCUCUGUCUAAACUAGGAGAAUUAUAUGAUAGCGAAGGAGACAAAUCCCAAGCAUUUCAAUAUUACUAUGAGUCAUAUAGGUAUUUUCCCUCUAAUAUUGAAGUCAUUGAGUGGCUUGGAGCCUAUUACAUUGACACACAAUUUUGUGAAAAAGCCAUUCAGUACUUUGAAAGAGCUUCUCUCAUACAGCCGACACAAGUAAAAUGGCAGCUGAUGGUGGCUAGUUGUUUUAGAAGAAGUGGUAACUAUCAAAAAGCAUUAGAUACUUACAAAGAUAUUCACAGAAAAUUCCCAGAAAAUGUUGAGUGUCUGCGGUUUUUGGUUCGUCUCUGCACAGAUAUUGGAUUGAAAGAAGUUCAAGAAUAUGCCACAAAACUCAAGAGGUUGGAAAAAAUGAAAGAAAUCAGAGAGCAGCGCAUAAAGUCGGGCAGAGAUGGCAGCGGGAGCUCCCGUGGCAAAAGAGAGGGCAGUGCUGGCAGUGAUAGUGGCCAGAACUGUAGUGCCAGUAGUAAGAAUGAACGACUCAGUGCCAGACUCAGAGCUUUACCUGGGACAAAUGAGCCUUAUGAAAGUAGCAGUAACAAAGAAAUAGAUGCUUCCUACGUGGAUCCGCUCGGCCCGCAAGUAGAGAGACCAAAGACUGCAGCCAAAAAGAGAGUGGAUGAGGAUGAUUUUGCAGACGAAGAGCUAGGAGAUGAUUUACUUCCGGAAUAAUAUACACUUUAGUAUGUUUCUCAACGAAGAAGUCAGCCUAAAAGAUGAUACUCAGGUUGGACUUUGGAUUAAGUAUCCAAACUUUUAAUUUUGUACACGGCCAGUGUGGAUUUUGA